AUGAUAUUGGAGAAGCUCGGUCAGACUAAAAACAGGAACUAUGAAAACAUGGACCAACAGAACUUUGACUUCAGGAGAACACCCAAGGCGGAGAAGGUGCUGCUGUUCAGCCAGGACACCAACUUGACAUCUCUGCUGCUGGAGGCCAAAGACCUGGAGGCCCGAGUCAUCAUCCUCUCUGCUAGUGAGGACGAAGCUGCAGCUGUGUACAAAGCAGCCCGUCAGCUCAACAUGACCGGCUCUGGUUACGUCUGGCUGGUCGGAGAGAGAGAGAUGACCGGCAAAGCCCUCAGCGAGGCCCCAGAUGGCCUGCUUGGCCUCCAGCUGAUUAACGGUAAAAACGAGUCGGCGCACAUCGCGGACGCCGUGGCGGUGGUUGCUCAGUCCCUGCAGGAGUUGUUCGAGAAGGAGAACAUCACUGAGCCGCCGCGGGGCUGCGUGGGAAACACCAACAUCUGGAGGACGGGGCCGCUCUUCAAACGGGUGUUGAUGGCAUCCAAAUAUCCUGACGGUCUGACAGGACGGAUUGAGUUUAACGAUGAUGGCGACCGGCGCUUUGCUACCUACAGCAUCCUGAACUACCAACAGAAACCGGGUCGCCUCAUCCAGGUCGGAGUCUUCAAUGGAUCACAGGUUGUGAUGAACCCGCAGAGAAAGAUCAUCUGGCCCGGAGGAGAGACAGAGAAACCAGUCGGAUACCAGAUGUCCACAAGACUGAAGAUUGUGACGAUCCAUCAGGAGCCAUUUGUUUAUGUGAAACCAACAAAAACUGACGGGACGUGUAAAGAAGAGUUCACCGUCAACGGAGUCUUAAUCAAGAAGGUUAUCUGUACCGGACCCAACGGGACCAUCCCAGGUCAGCCCACCGUCCCUCAGUGUUGCUAUGGUUUCUGCAUCGACCUGCUCAUCAAACUGGCGAUGAGCAUGAACUUCACCUACGAGGUUCACCUAGUGGCUGAUGGGAAAUUUGGCACGCAGGAGAGAGUAAACAACAGUAAUAAGAAGGAGUGGAACGGCAUGAUGGGGGAGCUGCUGGGAGGUCUGGCUGACAUGAUCGUCGCCCCCCUCACCAUCAACAACGAGCGUGCUCAGUACAUCGAGUUCUCUAAGCCGUUCAAAUACCAGGGUCUCACCAUCCUAGUCAAAAAGGAAAUACCCCGCAGCACUCUGGAUUCAUUCAUGCAGCCGUUCCAGAGCACACUGUGGCUAUUAGUCGGUCUGUCGGUCCACGUGGUGGCAGUGAUGCUUUACCUAUUAGACCGGUUCAGCCCGUUCGGAAGGUUUAAAGUGAAUAGUGAAGAAGAAGAAGAAGACGCCCUCACCUUGUCCUCAGCUAUGUGGUUCUCAUGGGGAGUACUGCUGAACUCUGGGAUAGGAGAAGGAGCUCCCAGGAGUUUCUCAGCGAGGAUUCUUGGUAUGGUGUGGGCAGGUUUUGCUAUGAUCAUCGUAGCUUCAUAUACUGCCAACUUGGCAGCCUUCCUUGUGUUGGACCGGCCUGAGGAGCGCAUCACUGGCAUCAAUGACCCCAGGCUUCGGAACCCCUCAGAUAAGUUUAUUUACGCCACAGUGAAGCAGAGCUCGGUAGAUAUCUACUUUAGACGGCAGGUGGAGCUAGACACCAUGUACCGGCACAUGGAGAAACACAACAACGAGAGCGCUGCUGAGGCCAUUCAGGCUGUUAGAGACAAUAAGCUUCAUGCAUUCAUCUACAGCGCUGUGUUGGAGUUCGAGGCAUCACAGAAGUGCGAUCUAGUGACAACGGGAGAACUUUUCUUCCGCUCAGGAUUCGGGAUUGGAAUGAGGAAAGACAGUCCGUGGAAACAGAACGUUUCUUUGGCUAUUCUCAGCUCUCACGAGAAUGUCAUGGAGGAUUUGGAUAAGACAUGGGUACGGUACCAGGAGUGUGACUCUAGGAGCAGCCCCGCCACCCUAACCUUUGAGAACAUGGCAGGUGUGUUCAUGCUGGGUAGCUGGUGGCAUCGUCGCGGGAUAUUCCUCAUCAUCGAGAUUGCGUACAAACGACACAGUGCCCGAAGGAAACAGAUGCAGCUGGCCUUCGCUGCUGUGAACGUCUGGAGGAAGAACCUACAGGAUAGGAAAAGUGGUAGAGCAGAGCCCGAGCCCAAAACCUCUUUUAGGUCCAUCACUUCGACCUCCGACCUCAAACGCCGUAGGGCCUCCGGGGACACCACGCCGUACCCGACUGACAUCACCGGCCAGCUCAACCUAUCAGAUCCCUCCGUCAGCACCGUGGUCUGA